ACGGUUCCGUUAAAACGAACCGCAGUUUCCUGUCUUAUUACAUGCCCGGAGCGAAGACAGGCCUGGCAAUCUCUCAGCUCUUAGGAGCCAGUGUGAGUGUGAGUUCGGUAGAAUGCAACAUUUGUUGCUGUCACGGGAGACGUGUCGAAUCAUCCGAACAAUGUGGCAAGUGAAAAGCGAAGAAUAGAAAAGUGUCGGUGUAUUUCUGGACACGGAUGAACUUUUACUCAGUUCAUUCACUAACAACAAAAUUCUUUCAGGCAUGAAGUGUUGCAGACCUUUGUGGCUGCUCCUGGUAGUAGGAACGCAUCUUCUGGGAGGUCCACGGGGAGCAUCGGCCGCUGAAACACCGUGUCCAGGUGUAUUCCACUACGAAGGGAACUUCGGCAAUGAAUAUGGCAUCAUCACUGUGCCCAAUCCUUAUCCAUACCUCGCAAUUGACAUCACUGUUGCAAUGUACAUCACUGCUUCAGUGCCAUCGGACAGACGUUCUAAACUGGAACUGAUAGAUAAGAAUGCAUGGCAGAAGCUGGCAGCAGGUGACAGAAAUUCUAUUCUUUACCGCCUUGAAUUUCCCCUGCAAUCGCCACUGCCCACAAUCAAGAGCAUCACUGUGAAUGGAAAUAUCAUCUGUAGAGGUGGAAGGCCAAGUGCUCCAUUUCUUACUACACUAACAAUUCAGCACGCAAUUUAUAAUGACAAAUGCUUUUCAAGCAGUUUGGAAUGUCCAUAUAACAUUCAGCAGUCUCCAGGAACAUUUCAGCCAAAACCACCAUCAUUGCCACCACCAAUAGGAGACACAGUAUUGAACACACCUGAAGAUUCAUCCUCAUUUGCAUCACCUUGCCCUCAAGUAUUUAGAUAUGAACUUGACAGAUAUGGAGACUGGUAUGGACUCAUCAGUGUUCCCAACCCUUAUCCUGUGGUUGCAAUUGAUAUCAGAGUGGAGCUGUACAUCACUGCAGUAUCAUUGAGCACAAAAGGACGUCUUGAUCUUGUAAAUAGUCUGAAUGAAGAAUGGGAGAGGAUGAGAACUGGUGAACAGUAUUUCAUUCUCUAUAGAUUAAACUUUCCUGUGAAAUCACCCUUGCCUACAAUUAAGAGCAUCACUGUAAACAAUCAGGUCAUAUGCAGAGGCAACAAACCAAGUUCUCUUCCACUUACUGCUCUCUCUUUUCAGCAUAGUCUGUUCAAUCAGAAAUGUACUUCAAGUAGUCUGGAUUGCCCCUAUAACACUGAAAAUGGUCAGCCAAUUAGACCAAGACCUCCAGUUAAUAUGCCAGUGCCAGUGGAAGAACCAUCAACAACACAAAGGCCUCCACCUCCACCGACAUAUAAACCUCCACCUCCACCCACACGCACACCUCCACCUCCACCACCACCACCACCUCCACCAACACGCACACCUCCAGUAGAGGAAACAAGUGUGAACACAAAUACCAAAUGUGGCUUUCCAGUAGUGAGAACUAAUGCCCUCAUCUUUUAUGGACAAGACACAGCACAUGGUCAGUGGCCCUGGCAUGCAGCUAUAUAUCAACAAAAGGGUUAUGACAUGGUAUACAACUGUGGUGGAUCUUUUGCUGGUACCAAGACCAUUAUCACAGCUGCCCAUUGUGUCACCAAGGAUGGGAAGAUACUGGCUCCACGUGAUUUUACUGUUUACUUAGGAAGAUACGACCUCAGAAAUCGCAAGGAAGAAAGUUCGCAGGAAUUUGAUGUAUCUAGGAUAUUUGUUAAUCCUUUUUUCAAUAGUAGCAACUUCCAAGCAGAUGUAGCCAUGCUGGUCCUAGCUACUACUGUACUGUACACAACAAAUGUAAGACCUGUAUGUCUUUGGAAUCAGAGAGAUAUCAGCCUGGAAAGUAUAGUUGGAAAGGAAGGUGUGGUAGCUGGUUGGGGCUUAGAUGAGAAUGGCAAUACUGCGCAAAAGUUAAAAAUGGUGAAAAUGCCAGUUGUGACCCAGGAAACUUGCCUCUGGAGUCAUAGCACCUUCUUCUCACAGUUCACUUCUAAUACAACUUUCUGUGCAGGAUAUCGAAAUGGGAGCAGUGUAUGCAAUGGUGACAGUGGCAGUGGGAUGGUGUUCCCAGAGGUUCAGAGAGAUGGCACUCAGAUCUGGAAGCUUCGUGGCAUUGUCUCGAACAGCAGGCCAAAUGAUGACAAUAAGAAAGUUUGUGAUACGACCAAUUACAUUGUCUUCACAGACAUUGCACAGUAUCUAGAGUGGAUCAAUUCACUUCUCAUUUAAUUACAGUUCAUGCCAAUAUCUUGAAAAAAAACAGGAAUACAGAAAAUCCUCAUUUCUGCCAAUCACCGUUUUCAUUAUGAACUGUAUUUUCCUGACUGCAGGUGGAACCUUACCCACUCUUCCUUCUGACCACUGUCCUUUUACCAGGAAUAAACUCUUGCUUCCACCUCAUGGGUUUGGUGAAACAAACCCCCAUAUGUACAUGAACACUUGCUCACCCUACUUACAUCAGAUGUCUCACCACUCCCAGAGUUGUGAGGCAGUAAAUUAUGGUCAUGAGUCCUGCAGGACUUGGAUCCAAGAAUGAAUGUGCUCGCAAGUACCAGCAGAAAUUUACCUGAAAAAGAAUAGCCAACAGUGCAAGAACAUAGCACAUACAUAGGAAGAGUGGCUCCUCUAUAUCUCCAAGAGGGGGCCCCACCUCUAAAUAUGUACAUGUCUAGGAGAGAGCAAAAAUCUUGGUCAUAGAUCUCGAUGAGACCUGAAGUCAAGAAUGACUGACUGACUCUGCAUAAUUCAAACCUGAAGCUGAAGGCAGCAUAUGCCAGCGGGAUGUUAGCAGCACUAUCCACAUCCACACAACUCGAAAACCAGGAGAAGUUUAUUGUCAUAGAAUGGUGACCAGUGAACAUUAAUAUUCUAGCUGCAAGAAAUAGGAACCCUUCAGAUGAGGCCCCCCCCCAACAAAAUUACAGUUUUCUUGAAAACAGCUCAAACAAUUGUGAUUAAUUUUUAGUAACAAGUGGAGUCUAUCCUCCUAUAUAGGAUUGCAUGAGUGAUAUCUUUAUAUAUCGAAUAGAUAUAAAGUGUAACUUCUGUAUCAGUUUUCUAUCUCUUUCCUGCCACAGACUUAAUAGAGUGCAUAAAAGAAAUUCUUAAAUAUGUUCCAUAUUCUUGCAGUAUGUACAGUAGCCAUGAUGAGCAAGUAUUGCUGUAAGGUCCUGAAAGCAAUUCAAGCCCUAAUUCUCAAUUUUUGUUAAUGAUGUGAGUAAAUGUUGCUUUCUUAAUUUCAGUGCUAUUCCUAGUUGACAUAGUUCUACAUACUAUAUAUUGUGACACUGACAA